GAAAUACUUUUUUGCAACGACCCGGAUUUUCGAAUUACAUUUUACCAUUUGUAGUAAAUUUCCAGCCACCCUCAGUGCACACACCACCAUUGACACCUGAGCUAGGGUUUCACACACCAAAUCAAAUUCACAGAAACCAUGAAAUUGGCGCCGUUGAACACCGUUCAGAAUGCCCACGACGAUUCGGUUUGGACGGCGGCGUGGGUUCCGGCGACGGAUGAUUCGGGGCCGCUGCUCUUGACGGGGUCGCUUGACGAGACGGUGCGGUUGUGGAAUCCGGAAGGGCCGGAGAAGGUGCUGACUAACACCGGCCACUGCCUCGGCGUCGUUUCGGUGGCCGCCCAUCCCUCCGGCAGAAUCGCGGCGUCCGCCUCCAUUGACAGCUUCGUACGAGUCUUUGAUGUCGCUACAAACAACACCAUCGCCACGCUCGAGGCUCCGCCUUCUGAAGUCUGGCAAUUGCAAUUCAAUCCCCAGGGCACAACACUGGCGGCAGCUGGAGGCGGCAGCGCAUCAAUAAAGCUAUGGGACACUGCUGAAUGGAAACUAAUCGCCACACUAGAAGUCCCCCGUCCCGAAGGCCUGAAACCCUCCGAGAAGAGCGGCAACAAAAAAUUCACCCUCUCAGUAGCAUGGUCCCCCGACGGCAGACAAAUCGCCUGCGGCUCAAUGGACGGCACAAUCUCAGUCUUCGACGUUCACCGCUCCAAAUUCCUCCACCACCUCGAAGGCCACACCAUGCCCGUACGCAGCCUAGUCUACUCCACCGCUCCUCUCGACUCGAGGGUGCUCUUCUCCGCCUCCGACGAUGGUCAUGUCCAUUUAUACGAUGCCGAGAGGAAGACUAUGAUUACUUCUCUGUCGGGGCAUUCGAGCUGGGUACUGAGCGUGGAUGUUUCGCCUGACGGGGCGGCAGUUGUGACUGGAUCAAGUGAUAAGAGCGUUAGGCUGUGGGAUUUGAAAAUGAGGGCGGCCACUCAGAUAUUGACCGGCCAUGCUGACCAGGUUUGGGCGGUGGCGUUUGGACCGCCUCUGAGGACGGAUGUGAGGUCUUGUUUGCUAGCUAGUGCUUCGGACGAUAAGAGUGUUUCGUUUUAUAGGUAUUCUUGAAAGUGGAUAGAUCCAAAGAAGAAGAGAUGAAGGUAUAUUUCUCCCCAUUUUUUCUAUAUUCUGUUUGGUUUUUUAAUCCUAAAUUAGUGUGAAUUUGUUUUUUUAAUCCUCUUUUAGACGUAUGCUAUAAUGGUAGUUGUGAAUCUAUCAGGGCUAUUUUUCUAUUUUUAAAUGCCAGUGUUUAGAUUUUUUUCUUGAACUAGAUAAAAAUGGCGGUUAUGGUUGUUGUGCUU